AACAAAAGAGUCUCUUUAUAGAGUAAUGGCAUAAAGAUGUUACAUGCAACCCAUUGGCUGUUUUUAGUGACACCCUCCCACGCGUUUACCAUUUUAUCAUGGGGAACGCCCAUGAUAUUCUAAUUCUGAUUUCUGUUUUUAUCUUCUUUUCAACUAUCUAUAUAUAUAUGUAUGUAUGUAUGUAUGUAUGUUUGUAUGUAUGUAUAAAGCUCGCUCCUCCAUUGUAUGUGGCCAUCAGACUUUUUCAGAUAGAUAGCUGAUUUCUCUCUUUCCUCUUUGAAAAACGUCAGCUGCCAUGCUCAGGAUAAUGCUUGCGCUGCUUAUCCUCUCCAGGAUCCCUCAUGAAUCAGAUGGGCAGUUUGAGCAAUGGUGCAUUGCUGAUGAGCAGACGCUAGAUGAUGAGCUGCAAGCUGCUCUGGACUGGGCUUGUGGCAAAGGAGGUGCAGACUGUAGCAAAAUUCAGCUGAACCAGCCUUGUUUCUUUCCCAACACUCUCAGGGACCACGCCUCUUAUGCCUUCAAUAACUACUACCAGAAAUUCAAGCACAGAGGAGGGUCUUGUUCCUUCAGAGGAGCUGCAAUGAUUACAGAGCUUGACCCCAGCCAUGACUCUUGCCACUAUGAGUGUCUUCCCUGAUUCAGAGGCCAACCAUAAUGAUGAGCAUCAGAGGGUUAAUGAUUUUUUCUUUGACAGUACAAAGGUAAAAAAGAUAAAAUCCCAUAUCGAAUUUGAGUUAUGUUUCCAAUUUUGGAGUGUAGUCAGAUUCAAUAUUUUCUUCUUGAAUGCAAGUCUAAAGCCUACAAGAACUGAGGCUGAGAUCAUUUUUCUCUCUGUU